ACGGCGUCAUUCAGCAGCUCAUGGGCGUCGUUUCGAGGCUAGAGAGUGAAAGUAGUAGUGUACCCACAAACCCCUUCUUCUAUUCCAUUUUGUUUGGAACACUGCGUAAGGCUGCGCCACCACCUCCGCCUCCGUCGUCCACGGCCAGUUGCUUGCGUUCCUUUCACUUUUUUUAUAAUUGGCUAAGAAUAAUAAUGGCGUACCGGCGCUGCCUCUUGAUAAGAGGGAGCCUCGUGGAUCGGAGGUGCCAUCUGUCUUUCAGUUAUGUUCUCCACAGCAACAAGGGGAAGCGCGAACGCACCAAUGAAAAAUCAUCUUCAGGAGGGGUUGGUGAUUUUACUCAAACAAGGUCCUUUGGAAGCUCUCUUAAUGGACAGAUGGGGUUCUUCUCGCCUUCCCGAGAUAGAUUUCUUUCUCCAUGCACCGGAUAUGGUUUCUGCCAAUAUAUGUCGACGGUGAAUCGGGGUUCAGAUAAGAUUGGCAGUGAUGUAAUGACUGAUGUGGCUGAUGUCCUCGCUGACACGACCAUGGAUUCUGUAGCUUCUCAGGCUCCUGUUGUUAAUGAGGUUGCUAUUGCUGCUGCUGAUUCUUUUUUGCCUGUACAGGCCUUGCAGUACGUGAUAGAUGCUGUGCAUUUCUACACUGGCUUAAAUUGGUGGGCAGCCAUAGUUCUAACAACCCUGUUGAUUCGAACCGCUACAGUUCCACUCUUAAUAAAUCAACUUAAGGCCACUUCUAAACUUACGUUAAUGAGGCCUCACUUAGAAGAGAUAAAGCAAGAAAUGGAGGGACUGACUAUGGAUCCUGUAGCUGUUGCUAAAGGUCAGCAGCAGAUGAAGAAGCUAUUUAAGGAAUAUGGUGUGAGUCCUUUUACGCCAUUGAAAGGACUCUUUAUUCAAGGCCCUAUUUUUGUUAGUUUUUUUCUUGCGAUAACAAAUAUGGCUGAAAAAGUGCCGUCAUUCAAGCAUGGUGGAGCUUCUUGGUUUAUUGAUCUCUCAACUCCUGAUGCCCUGUACGUUUUUCCAGUUUUGACAGCAUUGUCAUUCUUAAUAACAGUAGAGUGUAAUAUGCAAGAAGGGAUGGAAGGAAAUCCUGUGGCUGGUACCAUGAAAAAUGUCUCUAGGGGUCUUGCUGUUCUUACAGUUCCUUUCACCAUGGGAUUUCCAAAGGCAAUAUUCUGUUACUGGGUUACAUCAAAUUUGUUUUCACUUGUGUAUGGACUUGUGCUUAAAGUUCCUGGCGUAAAGAAAACUUUGGGUAUUCCUGAAAUACCUGUUGCUCCACCCACCACGACCAGUGCUACUCAAUCUCCCUUUUCUAUAUUUCCUGCUCUAAAACAAGCUACAUCUGCAACAACAAAUGGGUCAAGCUCAAUACCAGAUGAAGCUUCAAAACAUUCAAAUAAAAAGAUAUCUUCUGCUUCUGUUAUUAGUCAAAGGCUUAGAAGUUUAGAGAAACAAGUGAAAGGAAGAAAGAAGAACAAGAAGUGAGGAAAAUUUACAAUAAUCCUAAAUUAUAACAUCUAUACAUGGAGCAAUUGUGCUCAGCAUUUUGUUAUAUUUUAUUAUCCUGGGAUGAGGGAGAAAUUAGUUCGAACUUUGUAUGUUUAGUCUACACUCGAUUCAUCGGUUUCUCAAUUCUUGUGUAAAACUUGGUCCCUAUCAGAAAGGGCGGCCUCAAUAAUUUUAUAUAACUUUUCAUCCUUCAUUUUAAUUUUAGAAAUUAAUGUGAUCAAAAGAUGGCUAAUAUGAGCUCUUAUUUGACACAAAUGGUAAGAGUUUCAACUUUAGUUCAA